AUGGCCCGACUGAUUGGCCGGCCAGCUUCAAGUCCCGUCGCCAAUUGGGCGGCCGGGACGUCUGCGAGUUCGGAAGGUGAAGCGCGACCGAAUCGCCACUUCAUUUGCUGCCUGAUCGCGCUCGGAUUUUCCACCCUUUCCCUACCGCCUGUCAACACAACACAUGCACCUCGGUCCGGUAGUCAAGGCAAGAAGACUGUCGACCUCGGAAUUCGGUUUGUUCACAUUUAG